AUGAGCAAUAUUACAGUCAAAUGUCCUGUCGAGGUUUUUCGUUCUGGCGCGAAACUCACGCCAGUGGAAUUGGUCGAUCAAGCAAGAAACCUUGAUCAAAUCGAACUGACUUUUGAGCUAGGAAAUGGAAACGAAGUCCCACUUUUACUUAAUAAUGAAAAGUUAGUUAUUCGAAAAAUUCUUCCAGAAAUUCGAAACAAAAUCCGUUUCAGAUACAAUUUACGCUCUACGAUAGAUGAAAAAGCAUCAACUUCUACAAUAGUGAGUUAUUCAAAAUUCAUUUUUUUUUUAUUCGAUUUUUUUAAGGUUCCCAAUUGUCACUAUAGCGGAAAUUUUGAUGGCUUGAGGCAGUCGCUUUCAAUCUGCGAUUAUGAAAAUAUCGCAGGUUUGAUCAUGGUUUCCGGCAACACCUUCAGCAUAAGUGCAAAAGACGGACAGUUCAUUCUGACACCUCAAAUCAGGAACAGCUGUGGUACGUUUUCAUUUUCUGUUUUUGAAAAUUCCACAGCUUAAAACCUGAGGGAAUCAAAUUCAAAAAAAAUUUGCAGAGGUUUUCCAAAAACCACGUUUGCGAAGAGCUAUCAACUCAAAAGCAAAUGAUUUGGCUUAUGUAAAGGAUUUAAUGGAUGGAAAGUGGCGAUUUGUUGAACUGGCGCUGGUAGCUGACAAUUCUAUGGUUUUCCUGUUUCUUCUUAGAAAUAGUUCUGUUUGUUUAGUAUCGAAAGUUCAAAUCGGAUGAAGCGGCGCUAAACAACCAUUUGCACAGCAUUGUCAAUAUUAUGAACUCAGUUCGUUUUUUUUUUGCGUCAUACAUAUUUUUUGAAUUUUUUAGCUUUACUAUCCAUUGCAUAUCAGGAUCUCUCUGGUUUACUCAGAAAUUUGGAAAGAAGGAGACAAACUCUCGGCAAGUUGAUUGCUGUUUUCAUUUGAUGAGUUCUGCACUUCAGGUUGUUUCUGAUGCGAAUAAAUCGCUUUCCGAGUUUAUGAAUUAUCGAAAAGGCAUCCUUAAAGAGCAUCCUCACGACAACGCCCAUCUUUUGACGUAUGGACAAUUUUAGGAAGACUUUUAAAAUUUCAAGAAACAUUUUCAGAAACGUGGUUUUUACCGAUGGGGUUGUUGGAAAAGCUUAUCGAGGAACUAUGUGCUCGUAUGACUAUUCCGGAGGCGUUUUCAUGGUUCUCAUUCCGUUUUUCAUCAUUUCUGGAGCUUGUUUCAUGAUUCCAGGAUCACAACGAAGACGUUGCAAUAGUAGCAGGAACAGUGACUCAUGAAAUGGGGCACAACUUCGGAAUGGAUCACGACGUCGACCCGCAAACCUGCAACUGUCCAACUUCUCAGUGUAUCAUGGCACCUCAAUCAGGGUUCAUUGCAAUUUAUUUCGACUCCAUUUUGAGAGAAUCAAUUUUGAAGGCGUCUUGAGUACUGGUCGGAAUGCAGUGUCAAAUUCUUAUCUAGCGCGAUCAACCGCGGAGUGGACAUUUGUCUUCUGAAUGAACCUGGCAUCAAGGCCGGCGAUGCCAAAUGUGGCAAUGGAAUCAUCGAAUCUGGGGAGGUUUGCUUGAAAGAUUUCAUAAAACGAGUCAUUGCUACGAGGAGAUUUUUCGUGUCUUCGCAGGAGAAAUUUUCUCAUGUAAAUAAUUUUUCUGAUCUCAUCACAAAAUAAAAGUAUAUUUCAUAGUUAUAUGGUGCUUUUUCUCCAUAAAACCAAAUGCCGACAAACGCAAAUCUCCAAUUUUGGAAUCAAUCGCAUCAAAAUUCAUUGAAUUCAGCAUUUAGAAGAAAAAUUGAUGAGUUUAUUGGAAAGGAGCUCAACUUAAGUCAGUCUUAUGAUUAAAAAAAAAUGAUUUUUUGCGGUUCGAAGCCCUCGAUUGAUCAAUGAGUGGACUUUAAAUCUUUCAAACUCAGGAAAAACGGUUUUCCACAAAGGAAGAAAAUGCAAUAUGAAAAUCGAUAAGUUUUUUAUGUGUUCUUCUACUUUUUUUGAUUUAUUUUCUAAAGAUUAGGGUCAAAAGCUUCCGAUAAUUUGCGGUUCUAAAAAAGUAUAAAUGAAUAAUUACUCAGGAGUGCGAUUGCGGCCAAGAAUCGUGUCCCAACAACUGCUGUAACGGAAAAACGUGCCAGCUCAACGGCGAAGCCAAGUGUGCAAGCGGAGACUGCUGUGAUUUGGAAAUCUGUCAGGUAGAUCAAUAUUCCCUUCAAUUAUGCUCCUUUCCUCUCAGCCCAAGCCUCGAGCCACCGUAUGUCGAGCGGCCACCGGAAUCUGCGACCUUGACGAGUACUGCAACGGAAAAACACAAGACUGUCCACCCGAUUUUUUCGUACAAAAUGGAAACAGCUGUCCAGGAAGGGAUAAUGUAAGAAAACUGUCUUAUUCGGUCUUUUUCUUUUUCUUUUUUUAUUUAUUUAUUUUUUUGAAUAAAAACUAUUCAUAAGUUUCAUAAGUUCUUUUUUGAAAUAAUGAAAAAAAUGAUCUUGUUUCUUUCCCAAUUUUAUAAGUAUCAAAUUGAAAAUUUUUUUGAGAACUGCAUUUUUAUUAGUGAGCAGCAAAAAAAGUAGAAGCUGGUCGAAUUUCGCAAUAAAUUUAGGAGUUCUGUUACGAAGGAACUUGUGGGAGUCGAGAAGACCAAUGUUCCCUUCUUUGGGGUCCUACUGGGGUGGCAGGCGACGAACGUUGCUACAGUUUGAAUACUAAAGGCACUUGGUCAGGCCACUGUGGCCACGAUGUCCACACCGACCAGUACACUCCUUGCAAAAACGAGUAACUUGUCUUCUUUCUUUGAAUGUUUGAUCAAUUUCUUUCUAGAAACAAGCAAUGCGGACUUCUCCAAUGCGAGACAACUGCAGAACGACCAGUUUAUGGAACUAGUAACGCUAUCGUUGGCUUCCAUACUCCGAUUUAUUUAGAUGCCAAUUGUACCAUAAGUCUUAAUUUUGAAAUAUUCAUUUUUUGGAUUAAGAUCAAACCAAGAAGUAUUGCUAUGGAGUUAAGUCGACGUAUGUGGGCACGGCGAAGCAAAAACAACCAGGAAUGGUUCCAGAUGGUGCGCCUUGUGGGAAGGGAAUGGUACGUUAGGGUUAUUGUGCAUUUACCAUAAUUUGAAAAACUUUUGAUUUUUCUAGACGCUUUCAAAUCUCUAACCCAAUCAUAAAAAAAAAAAAAAACUCUCAAAGCCAAGAUUUUCCGGAGAACAAAGUGUAAAAAGUUAAAAAAAUUUCAAGUUGGAUCGAUCAAGAGUUUUAUCCUCAUCGCGAAAGAUGAGAAUUAUUCAAGGAAAACUAAUUUUUUUGAAGAUUUGCGUGGAGAACAAAUGUCGAGACCAUGGAAAUGUAACCAAAUUGACAGCUUCUUGCGAGGCCAACUGCCAUGACCGAGGUAUUUGAAAUUUAAAAACCUCCCGAACUUCUGAAAUUUUCAAGGUAUUUGCAACAACGUUGGAAAUUGUCACUGUGAACGAGGAUUUGGUGGCAUCGCAUGCGAAAUUCCUGGCUAUGGUGGAUCGGUUAACAGUAAUGAUGCUUACAGUUUCAGAGGGUAAACUUCAUGAAACAUCUCAAACUUGAAAAUUCUUUUUAGGAUCACUCUGUCUUCGACAUUCUUGGUCUUUUUCAUUCUUUUCGGUUUUUUCAUCGCUGGACUCUGCAUCUACUACCGUGUCAAGCGUAAUAGGAAUUUGCUCACUGAGUUCGUUUUUUUUUUCAUCUAACAAGAGAGGUAAUUCUAUUCAAAAAUCAGGAGUAUCUGAAGAUCCGCCUUAAUUUUUCUGUGAAAAAAGAAAAAACUAGAAUCGAUUAAGGAAUUGGUUUCUUUCAGAUCUUGGGUUUAUGUGAAGAAAAAUUUCGAUUUGCACGGAACUCUUAUUCCUACUCGCCAUGCUCCUCCACCACCAAAACAGCGAAUAGAUCGGUAUGAAUUUUCUCGAUUUGAAAAAUCCUCAAACUGCUCGAAAAAAAGUUCAUAAAUUUACUCCUCAAUAAAUUGGGGAAUAAGAGGGAAAUCUGAAUUGAGUUGCAAAUAAAACAAGCUUUACAAAAAAGAAGACUGCAUCAGAUCGACGUAAUCUUGAAGCUCUAUUUCUCCUUGCGUUUCUCAAAAAUUUCAAAUUUCAGAGUAAAUAUAAACCUCUUUUUGAUUUUUGAACUUCUAGACCAUUUAUCGAUUUUCAGAGCUGGCUUAGCCUCGACAUGGGGGGAGCCACAAAAUGGAUACAUCGCAGUGAAACCUCCAUCUUUCCUCCCGCCUGCCAUUCCUCUCGUCUCCUACUCUAGCGUCGCUGCUCCAGAAUCGAAUGCCCCUAAAACUGCAAACACCGCUCAUAUUCGUUCAUUUGAUAGCAGGGACGAUUUUAACAAGGUUUAAUAAAGUGACAAUCAAAUCAUCUUUGAAUUGUUUGAGACUCUCCGCCCGAAAGAUUUACCUCCAUCCGUUCCAAAUGUUCCACUGAGACCGCCUGAAGAAGUCAUCGAAAAGCUACACGAAGAGUGCGCAGAAGAAAUCGGCAUAGGGAAGUAAGAACUAUGCCAAUGAAAAUGGGAAAUGACAAUUUUGGAAUUCAGGGUGAAACCGAAAAUUUACGACAAACCCUUGCCAAGCGUGCCAAAAGUUCAAGAUGAAAAGACGCCACUGAGAAGGAAUGAAAGCAUGUCUCGGCCUGGAGGAGCACCACCUCCACCUCCUGCUCAACAAUCGGUAGUUUAAUUUUUUCACAGAAUUGAAAGGAUUUUUCGAUUUCAGCAAAGCAAGCCCGCUGUUCCUGCAAAACCUCCACGCGCUAUCCAAUCAUUAGCGACAGAUGGCGAUAGCUCAAGUGCAAAAGUUGAUGUGAAAAGUAUGGCAGCCAAAUUCGAUUCUCAAAAAAAAUAA